AUGCUUGUUUCCGGUUCCAGUAAAAAACGUAAAAUUUCAACUUCUUCCAAGAAAGAAGAUGAACUAGAGCUGAUGUGGGAGUGUACAUUAUGCACUUUUCGUAACAAAUCAGAAGCGUAUAAAUGUGAGAUGUGUGAUACGAGGAAAGGAACAUCCACACGGAAGCCAAGGCUGAAUGAAAGUGUAGUAGAACGACAAAAAACUAUGGAAAAGUUAGCUGCUCAACAACAUGACAAACCGGAAAGGACGACAAGUAGGCGCAAAACAGAAGAAGUCAUUGUCGCACGACCCUCUUCGAUCCGGAAUGAUUCUCCCAAGCCAAAAUCUUCUACUAGUAGGAAAUUAUCCCCUCAACCGGGAACUUCUGGAGUGGAGCCACGACAGUUCAGAACAGACCCUUCAACAGUAAGAGGUAUUUCAACUGUUAAAACAUCUUCUUCGAAGAACACUGGACCUAUCGUUAAUGCGGAGAAGCCUACGGUUGUCGUGGACUCGGUACAUUCUACUAAGGUAGCUCCAACCACGUCCACUACAAAGACUCAAAGCACAAGCCGAAUCAAGAAGGCUCCUCCCAAAGAUUUCGUUAGAUCAUAUAGCCCCAAUUCGCUUAUGACGGCUCAUCCUACUUCUCGAUAUAUUGACAAUGUUCAUAUCAUGCCCAGAAAAAAGACUCGUGUACCAGAUACUGAGGUGAAGAAGAAAGCAAAAGAGCCGGAGGUCAAACGCAUCAUUGAAAUUCCUCAGAAAGAGAUUGAAUUGUCUGAUUUUCUACCUGCUGUUAUGCAAGAGGUCGUUUUCAAUCGUUUCACUAAAGAUGAAGGUACGAGGAAGAAGAAGAAACAUCAAGAAAGAAAUGUCAAAGCCAAAGUAGUCAACGGCCUAUGGAUACCCCAACUUUCGAAGUCUUCAAAACAGCCAUCCAAUGAAACAAACUUUGUGAACGGUUUCCUGAGUUUAGUUUUCAAAGAUCUGCAGAAAGAGAAGAAGGAGAAAAGAAAGAAACAGAAGAAGCAGAAGCUCACUAAGGAAGUAAGAAAAGAUAAUAGGAUUAUUGAAAAAUUAAUAGGAAAAGACCAUGGUGUGGACAAGCUUGCUGUUGGCGAAAUGUUCGAUGCGAUGCCUUUAUGCUGUGACGUCGUUUCACUGAACUAUCUACUCGAGAAGAAGACGGCAGCUGAGGAGGAAAAAGAAAUGAAGAAAGCGAAAAUUAAUCGUAUGAUAGCUGCGAAGAAGAAGAGUAUCAAAGGAACAAAACUCAAGAAAGGUUUGAAGAAAAUCAAAUCAGGAAAGGAGCAAAAGAUCAAGAAAGAAGAGCAGUCAGAAGCCUUGUCCAAAACAACACGCUGUAAGAAAAAAACUGCUCUAGGUAGAGGCACUAAAAAGAUUAAGCCUUCGAACAGCAGAAUAGGAAAAAUCACAAAACCUGAUGAAACCGAUGAUCUAAGGGCAAGCAAAAGUUCCAGUGAUCAAGUGAAGACACGUCAAGAGAAGCGACCGGAACUAGAUCCUAAAACUCAGCUCAAACUCACUGGAAAAAAAUCGAAGCAGAAUUCUGAUAAGAAGAUCAAGAAAAGUUCCGAGAAACGUUCUACCCUUCGUUCAGAUGAUCAGGUUAUGAAAAAAACAGUCAAAAAACCUGCAACAAGCUCUAAAAACCUGUCUAUCAGAGCAGUAUCCGUAAAGAAACAGAGACUGAGCUCAGAUAAAGCUGUUAAAAUGCUAACUAACAAGUGUUCUGACCUUGAUUCAGAACAAAAAACCGAGAACAGAUCGGGAAGAAAGCUGAAGAAAAACUCCAAAGCUCAGCUCGAACGGACUUCCCAGAAGCGAAUAAAACAACAUCCUGAUCAUAAGCUCAAAAAGCGUUCCAAAGGAACGGAAAAAACUGUAAGUAAAGUAGAAAGCUCUGCAACCUGA